UUUAUUGGAACAUAAAAAAGGGAAGAACGAUUCCCAAAAUAAUUGGGCAGAGCAGGAAGGGGGGGGCUGAAGAAAGAACAGAGGAGACGAGGAGCAAACCACACACAAGUGUGGUGUGUGGUGGUGGCGCGCCACUCACUGCCCCCAUUUUCUAUCUUCAAUUUCUGCACUCAACAAUUUCACAAGUAACGUAAAAACCCAACACUUUCAACUCACUCUCCUCUCAAAUGCACGAUGGAGGAACAACAGCGGCAACAACAAAAACCAAAGAGUCCUCUCCCCAUUGACUGGAGCCGGCAGUUCCAAAGUGACUCGCCGCCGCGCGACUACGACAUCCUGCCGGCCUCCUCCUCCGCCGAUCAGGACGACCUCUCCGCUAUUCCCGAUCACAAGCUCAGGGAGUCGAUUCAGAGCAAGAAGAGAACCCUCGACGUUACCGGCAAGAAUUUGCCCGACAAAGGCACCAAGCUUCGCGCUACCAUCGACCGCUACCAGCAGGAACUUACCCACCGGGAGCAACAACAGCGUCUUCGCCAGGAAGAUGACAAGGACCGGAAGCCGCAACCCGGACAAGCUUCAAGCACAGAUGCUGUUACUGAGGGUGUGUCUAAUGACUUGAGAGAAGAGAAUUUGUUGUCUCAAGCUCAGUCACAAUCCACUUUUACAUCUUGCUUUGUUAAACAAAUGGAAGAUAAUACUAAUUGUACAGCUUCUGAUGCAUUUAGAAAAGAGAUGUCACUUUUCAAACAUAGUGACUACCAGAAAAUACAAGACAAGGGUGAGCCUAGAAGAAGAAAGAGACAUCGAUCAUCAUCAAGACAACUGCAGUUUCAAUGCCCCAGUAAACUUUCCAAACGUAAUACUUUUAGUGAUGGUAAAACUUGCAGAGCAACUUCCAGUUUUGGUCUGCGGAAUAAUGGGAGAAAUCUGCCAAGAUGCUACCCAAAAGUGCAUGGUAGGAAGGAUGCUUUUCAGGCAAUUCAAUUAGAUGGCUCUAGGUCCAGGAAGGGUCUGCCCAUUGUUCUGGAUGUUGAUGACGAUGAUGGCGGCAACAACAACGACGAAUACGACGACGAUGAAGCUCAUAUUGUGGAGAAAACAGAAAACAAAUUUCCUGAAUACCUGAAAGAAGCUAAGAUCUAUUUUCCAUCAAGAGAUGAUCCAGAGUGCGUUGAAAUUUGUUUCACAGACACAAAUUGCCUUGCCCCGGAAGGCUAUUUAACAUCAACUAUUAUGAACUUCUACAUUCAAUAUUUGCAGCAACAAGCAUUGUUGACAAAUAGAUCGUUAUCUGCCUACCAUUUUUUCAAUACAUAUUUCUACAAGAAGCUUAAAGAAGCUGUUUCCUACAAGCAAAGUGAUAGAGAGAUCUUUGCAAAGUUCCGAAGAUGGUGGAAAGGUGUAAAUAUUUUUCAGAAGGCUUAUGUUUUGAUUCCAAUACACGAGGACCUUCAUUGGAGCUUGAUCAUUAUUUGCAUCCCAGACAAAGAAGAUGAAUCGGGGCCAAUCAUACUUCAUUUGGAUUCUUUGGGUCUUCACUCUAGUAAAUCAGUUUUUGAUAAUAUUAAAAGCUAUUUGAUUGAAGAAAAGAACUACAUGGAUCGAGAAGACAUGGCUUCAGAUGUUUCAAUUGCGGAUAGAAUAUGGAAGUGCCUUCCUCGUAGAAUCGAAUCUCAAAUCAUUCAGGUUCCCCAACAGAAGAAUGACUAUGACUGUGGUCUUUUUGUAUUGUACUUCAUUGAACGUUUCAUGGAGGAGGCACCGGAAAGACUGAAAAUGAAAGAUUUAGAUAUGUUUGGAAGGCGAUGGUUCAAACCUCAAGAGGCGUCCAAUUUGAGAGUGAAAAUCCGUAAGUUGCUUGUAGAAAAAUUACAGAAUUCAGUCACGGAUAAUUGUAAUUUGGAAUCUUCUCCUUCAUCAUCUGCUGGCCCUGCAACUGAUUGUGUUGAGACUGCCAGGGAUUCUCUGACUGGCCCUGCAACUGAUUGUGUUGAGACCACCGAGGAUUCUGUGACUUAACAUGGCAGAAUUGCAAUUGUCAUUUCCUUGAACGAACAAUCUGUUGAUAUUCAUAUGGUUGGUGCCAGUUUUUUUUUUCCUUGUACAGAAGCCAGCUAUUCAGCUGGUAAUUUUUGGAUAGAGUUUUCCUAUGACCUGGUAAAUAGUCCAUCAGUCUUUAAUCCAAGCAAGGGUGGCUAACAGUUGGCUGUGCAGAAAUAACAAAGAACUCUAGUUCCUAACCUUUCCAAAUGUAUAGUAGGGGAAACAGUACAAAACUGACAACUAGAGGCAAUAUAGAGUUCAAAUCUACCCGGUAUUUUUGGAAGUUGUUUUCAUCCCAACUUUACUUUCGUAUUUAUGAUAUAUAGGAAUAAAACGAUUCAUAGCAUUCAUUUUACCCAA